AUGAUUCCCUCUAUCAAGCCCAGCGCUGCGCCUUCCAUCGGAGAAAGGUUGGCCGUGUUCUUCAACGAGAACACGAUUGCGAAGAGUCCCCUAACCAAAUUUCCCGAAACGGUCCCUCAAAGUGGCCCAAACGAAGGAAGAUACCAAUGUAGAGAUGCGGAGUUUUGGACAUGUGGAUUCUUCCCCGGAAGCCUCUUCUGUGUCCUUGAAAGAUUGAGGAAAUAUCCGGGAUCAAGCAUCUCCAAGAUCUCAAACGCUCCAGAAAAAUCAAUCACUUUCCAAAGUUGCCUUAUCGCUCACCUCAGUGACUUAUGUCACCAAUGGGCCGCGCCUUUGUACCCAAUGUCUGGUCGCAAAGACACGCACGACCUUGGUUUCAUUGUUCAACCUGCUCUGCGAAGAGACUGGGAGCUUUUCGGCAACGAACAAAGUUUGAGAGCCCUUCUUCAUGCAGCGGACAGUCUUGCCAGCAGAUAUGACGAUCGAGUCCGCGCUAUCCGCAGCUGGGACUCAUUCUCAAAUGCGCUUCACAACAUUACAAGCAUGGAAACCGACUUCGUGGUGAUCAUUGACAGCCUUUGUAAUCUUGAUCUCCUAUUCUAUGCCGGCACUUACACAGGGAAUUCCCGCCUUCUUGAUAUCGCUACAACCCACGCAACCACCCUCUUGCACACCCAUCUUCGCAAAGAAUCUACGCAGAAUGGUGCCACAUGCUUCUCGACCUACCAUGGAGUUAACUUCUCACCAGAAACAGGCUCUGUGAAGAAUAGCUUCACAGCGCAGGGGUACGCCGACAGCUCGACCUGGGCUCGCGGCCAAGCCUGGGCGAUUCUAGGUUACGCUCAGACAUUCUCCUGGACCAAGGAAGGCAAGUUCCUAGAUGCUGCGAAAGGUCUCGCAGAAUACUUUAUUCAUCGUCUUGAAUCUGCCACUGGGGUGAUCGAGAAAAAUGGUCUUGGGCGUUACGUUCCGCUGUGGGAUUUCGAUGCGCCCAUCACCAAGACCACCGUCCACGGGCGACCGGCUCCCUUGCGAGAUGUUUCAGCGGGACUAAUUGCUGCAAAUGGCAUGGUCAUUCUAUAUGGACAGUUAUUGGGAAUCGGGGAUCAUAAGUCUGCCAAGCGGUACUUGGACUACGCCUUGGCCAUUGCGAAGGAUACUGUUGCACUCGCAUACCACCGUGACGAAAUGAAGAUCGUUAUUGAGGAGGAAAGCUCAAAGAUACGCGUUGAGGCCUGCAACAAGGCUAGCGGGCGAUAUUCUGACGCAAUCCUGGGAAGAUCGACUGCAAAUUUCAACGCAAACCAUAGUGACCGACAUUGGGAUCAUGGCUUGGUGUAUGCAGACUAUUACUUUUUGGAGCUCGGAAAUCGGUUGCUAGACAUGGGUUUAAUUUGA